AUGAUACUCAUCAUUUUCUUUGUAACUGUCUCUCUUGUUUUCACACAAUCCCCAUCAAUACAACCGCCGCCAGGUUUUGGUCCACCACCAAGUCACUGUCGUCCGCUGACCGACUGCAAUUUAGUGUGCCCGUAUCUCUUUCGUUUUGGAAAAGAUGGAUGCGAAAUCUGUCAAUGUCGUUCAUCACCAUGCAUCAACGAAACAGCGAUUCUACCCAACGUAGAAUGUGAUCGUACACAAAACGGACCCAAAUGUCCUUCGACUCAUGAUUGUGUUGUACCACGCGGUCGUCCACCUCGGCCUCCUUCAACUGGUGCGGUCUCUACUACUCGACCGCCACCGCCACCGGCAACAACACGCGGCGUUUGCUGUAUUCAUGUUGAUUUCGCAGCUUUGGGAUUACCACCACCACAAAAUCAAUAG